GGCUGGAUCUCCCCCCGCGCCGGGCGACUCGCUCCCGGGCGCCUUCCUUUCGCGGCGGGCGUGCGGAGCAGCGGCGGGGCAGAGGCGUGGUCAAGGGGCUGCCGGAGCAACGCUGGCAAAUCGGGAUGCUGCAGGAUGGGCGGCCGAGGCCCCGUCGCCGUGCGCCUUUGAGCGGGCGCGGAGAGGAGAGCGCCGGGCACCGCGCCGCAGAGGCAGGCAGGCAGCCCGCGCCGGGAAGAUGCUGUGAGCGGUCCCCAAAAGUAGACUAGAGAGUCCAAAAUGAGCAGCGAAACCAUCCCUGAGGAAGUCUCCUCCCUACCCACCCAAAGCCAGCAUUACUUUGACAGGUUCUCAGAAGAUGACCCAGAGUACCUGCGCAUCAGAAACAUGGCUGCAGAUCUGCGCCAGGACUUCAACCUGAUGGAACAGAAGAAAAGGGUCACCAUGAUUCUGCAAAGCCCUUCUUUUCGGGAGGAGCUGGAGAACCUCAUCCAAGAGCAAAAGAAGAAAGGAAAUAAUUCCAGCAUCUGGGCCCUUCGGCAGAUUGCAGACUUCAUGGCAAGCACUGCUCCGUCUGUCUUCCCAACAUCUCCCUUGAGCCUCUCCACGGUGACACCCAUCAAUGACCUCCAAGGCACUGACCCCGCAUUGCUUGUCAAAGGGGAGAGGCUCAUGCGCUGCAAAGUCAGCAGUGUCUAUCGGCUGUUGGACCUCUAUGGGUGGGCUCAGCUCAGCAGCACCUGUGUCACGUUGAGAGUCAGCAAAGAGCAGGACCACUUCCUGAUUUGUCCUGUGGGCCUUUCAUGUCACGAAGUUACAGCUUCUAGCUUGGUGAAAGUGAAUGUCCUGGGGGAAGUGGUAGAGCAAGGCAGCACCAGCUUUCCAGUGGACACCUGUGGAUUCAGCCUGCACUCUGCCAUCUAUGCAGCUAGACCCGACGUGAGAUGCAUCAUCCAUUUGCACACACCAGCGACUGCCGCAGUGUCUGCAAUGAAGCACGGCCUCUUGCCCAUUUCCCAUGAUGCACUGCUGGCAGGGGACAUGGUGUACUUUGACUUUAAUGGUGAGAUGGAAGAAGAAGCAGACAGAAUUGAGUUGCAGAAGUGUCUUGGACCCACGUGCAAGGUUCUAGUGUUGCGGAAUCACGGUUUGGUGGCUCUUGGAGACACAGUAGAAGAAGCCUUCUACAAGCUCUUCCAUUUGCAGGCUGCCUGUGAAGUGCAGGUCUCAGCCUUGUCUAGUGCUGGUGGAGCGGAAAAUCUGAUAGUGCUGGAGCGAGAGAAACACCGACCCCAUGACGUUGGCUCCAUCCGAUGGGCGGGCAGCACCUUUGGACCCAUGCAGAAGAGCCGCCUGGGAGAACAUGAGUUUGAGGCUCUGAUGAGGAUGCUUGACAACCUAGGCUACCGGACAGGCUAUGCAUACCGUCAUCCUUUUGUCCAGGAGAAAACCAAGCAUAAGAGCGAAGUGGAGAUCCCAGCCACUGUCACGGCCUUUGUGUUUGAAGAGGAGGUGGCCCCCAUCUCAACACUCCGUCAACAUGCCCAGAAGCAACAGAAGGAAAAGACGCGUUGGCUAAACACACCAAACACCUACCUGCGGGUGAACGUAACUGAGGAAAGCCAAGGAACUGCAGGCAGCCAGAGAACCAAAACCACAUGGAUGAAGGCUGAUGAGGUAGAGAAAUCCAGCAGCGGAAUGCCAAUCCGAAUUGAAAACCCAAACCAAUUUGUGCCUCUCUAUACAGACCCACAAGAAGUUCUGGAAAUGAGGAAUAAGAUUCGAGAACAAAACCGCCAGGAUGUGAAAUCCGCAGGACCCCAGUCUCAGUUGCUUGCCAGCGUGAUCGCAGAGAAAAGCAGGAGCCCGUCUACUGAGAGUCAGUUGGCAGAUGGAAAGAUGGUAGACGAAUCCCACAAGGAGGUUCCUCCAGAGCCGGAGCCACCCAACCCCUUCAGCCAGCUGACAGACCAAGAGCUGGAGGAGUACAAGAAAGAAGUGGAGAGGAAGAAACUGGGGCUUGACGGUGAGAAGGACACUGGCCUUGAGGAAGAGAUGACUUCCCCUUUGGAAUCUACUGUUGAUCCCACAGCACAGAGCCCAACAAAACCUCCACUAAAAAGCCCACCCCUUUCACCCUCCAAGUCUUCAGAAGGUGGGAAGAAGGCCGUUAGUGGCCAGGUACCUGCUGAAGCUGACCAGAAGGCAGAUCCAGAAACAGUGGUGGUGAACGGAAAAGAUGGCGAUCAAGACGUAGAGGAACUCAGCAAAGGGAUUAGCCAGAUGACCACCAGUGAAGACACUGACGCCCCUAAGGACAAAACUGAGUUGGUCACCAGCGGGCCGGUGUCUCCAGAAGGCUCACCGUCCAAGUCUCCUUCCAAGAAGAAGAAGAAAUUCCGGGCCCCAUCCUUUCUGAAAAAGAGCAAAAAGAAAGAGAAGAUAGAGUCUUGAGGUCCCUUCUUGCCUCUUCUCCCCACUGCUGCGCCUCUUCCUCCUCCUCCUCUUUCCUUCCACUGCUCCCUCUGCUCGUGCCACAACAGGGGAAGCUUCUCCUUACAAUGGCAUCUCUUUGGACAGCAACAAAGAGAGGCUGAGGGCCCCAGAAUGGUUUUUUUCCCCUUGUGGAAUUUGCUUGAGAAGAUGAGGAAUGCUUUCUGGGAAUUUGCAAGAUAACCCUCUUCCCUGAACCUGCCACUAAUUCCCAUCAAUCCAAGGAUAUAGCCCAGCCGGCGAAAUAUAUUUUACCAUGUUAAAUGUUCCAUAUGGGCAGAGAAGUUGGUGCGCAUCACUUCCUGUCUGCCCCUUCCAAGGAGCCGCAGCGCGAAGGUCGCAAGCCGGUUCCGGCCCAUGCUUGAGAGUUUCCUGUGGACUGCUUUGUAGUGCACAGGGGUCACUUUUAGAAACAAUGUUGUGCACUGGAUGAGUGCAGAUCCCCUGCUGAAGCAGAAAGGGGGACUGGUCUGGCUUUUUGAUGCUUGAUAAAUUGCAUGAUUAAUCUCUGAUGGAAAUUUUUCUCAAUCUCAAAGCAGACAGGCUGUUCCCGCUGCAGAGUAGCUCUUGGAGAAGCUGUGAGAUUUCUUGGGCGCAUACCUGACACAAGGACCAAUCAAGCACCAUGAAGCUCCUUUCCUUAGAAAAGAAUGACCGUAAAUGUCUUUGGGUAGAUGGGUGUUGUAAUAUAAGGACCGGCUCCUCCUCUGUCAGUGGAUCACUAUACCCACAGCCCUACCAGGUGGAGCGAGAUUUGAGUGGACCCACUAGGGUGGCAAAGGGGAAGUGAACACAUC